AUGAAGACGGAGUUCAAGUUCUCCAAUCUGCUAGGGACUGUGUAUAGCCAGGGCAACCUGCUGUUCAGUCCUGAUGGAACGCUUCUCUUCUCCCCCGUUGGAAAUCGAGUAACUGUUUUCGAUUUGGUCAACAAUAAAUCACAUACUCUGCCAUUUGCGCAUCGGAAAAACAUUGCGCGCCUGGGCCUCACACCGCGGGGUAACCUCCUGCUCUCGAUCGACCAAGAUGGACGAGGCAUCUUGACACACGUUCAACGAAAAAUCAUCCUGUACCACUUUACCUUCAAGUCUGCGGUAUCUUCGUUGGCAUUUUCGCCCUCUGGACGAUAUUUCGCCGUAGGACUCGAAAGGCAUGUCGAAGUAUGGCAUACACCGUCAACACCCGACCAGAAUGCGGACGGGGAGCUGGACUUUGCGCCGUUCGUGCUGCAUAGGAGGUAUGCAGGUCACUCAGAUGUUGUCCGAGCUAUCGAGUGGUCUGGCGAUUCGCGCUUCUUUCUCAGCUCCUCCAAGGACUUGACAGCUAGGAUUUGGAGUUUGGAAGCGGAGGAUGUGUCUGCCAAGACAGUAUUGGGUGGACACAGGGAAGGGGUAGCAGGAGCAUAUUUUUCCAAGGACCAGGAAACAAUAUACACGAUCAGCAAAGACGGAGCUGUAUUUGAGCGGAAGUACCUACCGAGCCCCCACGCGCCGGAGCCAGAUUCGGAAGACGAGGAUGUGGACACCGAUUUGCAUGCAAGGUGGCGGAUAACCAAGAAGCAUUUCUUCCUGCAACAUAACGCGAAAGUGACCUGCGUGGUAUUUCACCCCGAGAGAAAUCUUCUGGUGGCCGGAUUCUCCAACGGAAUAUUCGGUCUCUAUGAAAUGCCGGAAUUUAAUAUGAUACACAGUCUCAGCAUCUCACAGAACGAUAUUGAUUUUGUCACGAUAAACAAGUCGGGCGAGUGGCUGGCAUUUGGUGCUUCGAAACUGGGCCAAUUGCUUGUCUGGGAAUGGGAAUCGGAGAACCAGAUAUUGAAGCAACAGGGACACUUCGAUUCGAUGAAUGCCUUGGUAUACUCGCCAGACGGGCAGCGAAUUGUGACGGCUGCAGACGAUGGAAAGAUCAAAAUCUGGGAUGUCAAUUCCGGGUUCUCGAUAGCAACUUUCACAGAACAUACCAGUGGCGUGACUGGUUGUGAGUUUGCGAAACGGGGAAAUGUUCUAUUUACAGCAAGUCUGGAUGGAUCGGUCAGGGCAUGGGAUCUGGUACGCUACAGGUGUUUCAAAACCUUUACGGCGCCGACCCGACUGUCCUUCUCCUGCCUUGCCGUUGAUCCCAGCGGUGAAGUGGUGUGCGCAGGAUCCCUGGACUCUUUCGAUAUCCAUAUUUGGAGUGUCCAAACCGGACAGCUAUUGGAUCGAUUAUCCGGCCACGAGGGUCCGGUCUCAACCUUGGCUUUUGCACCCAAUGGUGGCAAUGUUGUCAGUGGAAGCUGGGACCAUACCGUUAGAAUAUGGUCAAUUUUCGACCGAACACAAACCAGCGAGCAUUUACAGCUCCAAGCUGAUGUACUCGACGUAGCGUUCCGACCGGAUUCCCUGGAACUCGCAGUAUCGACGCUAGAUGGUCAACUUACAUUCUGGAACGUUGCCGAAGCGCAACAAAAAUCCGGAGUUGACGGCAGGAGAGAUAUCUCGGGAGGCCGCAAACUCACCGACCGCCGCACGGCAGCCAAUGCAGCCGGCACCAAGAGUUUCAGCAGCAUCAAAUAUAGCGCCGACGGGCAAUGUGUUCUAGCCGGCGGUAACAGCAAAUACAUCUGUCUGUACUCUGUUGCCUCGCUCGUACUCCUGAAGAAGUUCACCGUCAGCAUUAACCUCUCCCUAUCCGGUACCCAAGAAUUCCUCAAUAGCAAGCUCAUGACCGAGGCCGGGCCCCUCGGCCUCAUAGAUGAGCAAGGCGAAGCAUCCGACCUCGAAGACCGCAUCGAUAGGACACUCCCUGGAUCAACACGAGGCGGCGACCCAUCAGUGCGAAAGCGUAUGCCUGAAGUUCGCGUCACGGACGUGGACUUCUCACCUACAGGCCGAUCGUUCUGCGCAGCCUCUACGGAAGGCCUGCUCAUCUACAGUCUUGACACAGCGCCGCUGUUCGACCCAAUCGAUCUCGAUAUCGAAGUUACUCCAGCCGCAACCCUCAGCGUCCUCGAAGGCGAGAAAGAUUACCUAAAGGCACUGGUCAUGGCAUUCCGUCUCAACGAGCAGUUCCUCCUCCGCAAAGUCUUCCAGAGAAUCCCCUACGAGGAUAUCUCCCUCGUUGCCAAAGAGAUCCCCGUCGUCUACCUCCAGCGCUUGCUGCGACUCGUAGCCAAGCAAUCCGAAGAGACCAUACACACGCAGAUCUGCAAAGUGUGGGUCGAGGCCAUCGUCGACGCACACGGGCGGUGGAUCAAGGACAAUCGGGUGAUGCUGGAUGCGGAGUUGAGGGUGAUUGAUCGCAGUCUGAGAAAGUUCCAGCAGGAGGCUUUCAAGGCUUUCGAGGAGAGUCGGUACACGGUGGAGUUUCAUCUGUCUCAGAAGCCCGUUGAGGGAGAGGAGGCUCAGAUGCGGAUUAUGGACGGAGACGCUGAGAUGGUGAAUGCGGAGGAGGAUGUAGAAUGGAUUGGAUUAGAUUAG